AUGACCGGGAGGGGUAGCAGCAGUCGGGUGCGGAGGAAGCCCCAGACGGUUUACGACACCGCCCCCCUAGCGUCCGAGGAGCAGCUGUCUCAGCAGACGAAGGAAGGAACAGGACUGCUGGCGGCGGCCGGCGGCCCAGCAAGAGAGCAGAAGACGGCCGCUGGCACGCGCGGGGCAAAGACGACGGCGGCGGCAAAGGGGAGGGGGCGGGGCGGAGCGAGAAAAUCGCGUAGCGGCGGCGGCGGCGACGGCGGCGUCAGCAGUGACGACGGCCGGGUUUCAGAGGAAGAGCAGGAAGAGGGGGCAGAGAAAAACGAGGGGGAGGAAGAAGAGGAGGAAGAGGAAGACCCGCAAGAGAAGUCGGCGUUGGGAAAGAGAAAGAAGCGCGCCCGCCGCGCCUCCGCGCCCCCGGCCCCCUCCGGGAAAAGCGCCUCCCGGGGCGCGAAGAACACCGGGGGCAAGAAGAAGGCGAGAGGACGCAAGUCCACGGGCGGCAUCCCCACCUCCCGAAAGGCUGCGACGACAUCAGCAGCAGAAGCAGACGGCGAAGAGAGCGAGGGAGAAGAUGGAAACGCCUUGGGAGGAGCAGUCGGCGGCGGGAUGGGGGGGAGAGGGGCGGAGAACGGCCUCAUGGAGGCGGUGCUCCGCAACGACACCGCCCUCUCAUCAGUGGUGUCUGACUGGGUCUCUAGCUACAAGGAGGACAGCGACAAGGCCAUGAAAGAGCUCCUCAACUUCGUCUUUCUCGCCUGCGGAGCCCCCUCGACGGAGGGUCCCUACGGGCCGCCCUCGGACGUGUCCGUGAUAGAGAUGGACGGAGAGCAGUGGGUGGAGCUGCUGAAGGUGGUGAUAGAGGACAUGCAGGGGCAGCCCGGAACGAAAGGGGCGCCCUCCUUCCCCCUGGCUCCCGCCGCAAAGGGGAAGUCCGGAAAGCCGGCGAGGAUCUUCCGUUCAAACUACUGCGAGGUUUUCAACAGGCUGGCGGAGGCGUGCCGGCGCGGGGACGACCACGACGCCAGCACCCUCGAGGCCGUGGUGGGGAUGCUGGUGGCCCUCUCGAGCCACUCGGCUUCGCAGGACAUUCGUCUCGCCGCCACUCUGGCCGGCAUGGAGAUGGGCCUCGGCGUCGCGGAAGAACUCGCGGGUCUUCGCGAGAAGCUUGGACUCUCCGAGAGACAGCUGGAGGCGGCCAAGUCGUCCGCCGGCAAGGGGGGGGGCAAGAAAGCCGCGGAAAAAUCCAGGAAAAUUCAGGGCCUCGAGAGCCAGGUGGAGCGUGUCUUCAGCGCCACGGAGACGCUCACGACGGUGUCUGAUCUGGUGUUCUCGAAGAUCACCCAGAAGCGCUACCGCGACGUGUCCCCGCUUAUUCGUUCGAUCGCUCUCGAGGGCCUGAGCAAGAUCAUGCUGGCUCUGCCGGAGUUCUACGUGCAGGACAAGCUGAUGAGGUAUCACGGCUGGAGCCUGAACGACAAGAACCCCGCCGUCAGGGUACUCGCCUUACAGUCGAUCCAGCGACUCCUGAGGGACCCGGCAUCAUCGGCCAGGCUGGAAAAGUUCUCGGCCCACUUUUUCUCGAGGGUCAAGGCCAUGAUCCAAGACGUGGACAGCGCCGUUGCCAGGGAGGCUGGUGUCGCGUUGAGGCUGAUGCUGUCGAACGGUUUCCUGGAGAGCAUCGAGAGGGCGGACGAGAUGGACAUCGAGGCCGGCAUCUUCGAGGAGGGCCUUGGCCUGCCGGCGAGGACUGAGUGCAUGGGAUUCUUCGUCGACGGUAUACAGGUACAGCAGUAG